AUGGGAGCAGCAUUAGAUAAAGUUAAAGAGGGAGAGCCAUCCAAUCAAGAUGCCUUUGUAUUUUGGCACUCUUUAAAGAAGAUAUAUGGUGAUACCGAUAGCUUACCUAGCUACUUUCAUGCAUUUAUGGUCGACAAUCCAAAUGCUGGUGAGGAUGAUGACUUGCACAUUGGCAAUGGUGACGAUGAAGAUGAAGGUGGUGGUGUAGAUGGAGGAUCAGCGGGGACUGCGAAUGACUCUAAUAACAGCGGUGGCAGCAGCAGCAGUACUAGCAGUAGCAAUAAUACCAGUGGAAAUGGUUCACCAACCAACAAAUCGGAAUCAUACCUCUUGGUCGGACAGACCAAAGAGGGAUCGAGAAAUCCAUCGCCAUCAUCACAAUCCAAAAUAUCAUUUGUCGGUGAAUUCAAUCCCAACGUGGAAGAGAUGAACAAGACACUUCUCCAAACCAUCAACUGUAAACUACAACUCAUACCACCUGAACUCAACCAUUUCACACUCAACUUGGACAAUCAUUGUCUGACCGAGAAAUUAUUCCUAUCGAUAUGCGCUGCCAUCAUUGUAAACAAUGAAAACUAUUCAAAUAGACACAUGUCAACCACUCUAAGAGAUACACCAUUAACAACCAUUCGUAAAAAGAAAAUUCAACAAGAAUACUUGGAUUUUAUUGCACAAUAUUAUUUUACAAUUACAAAGUUAUCAUUAAAGAAAACAAUGUUGUCAAGUAGAAGUUUGGAGGCACUUUCACAGGCUCUAAGAAAUAAUAGAUCCAUUACAGAGUUGGAUUUGGGAGGGAAUGAAUUACAUGCAACUGGAUUGGCAGUGUUGACAGCUGGAUUACGUAGCAACAAAUCGGUUACUCGUAUCAAUCUAAGCGAUGUAAAGGCAUACGACGAAGGUGCAUUCAUGAUUGCUGCCUUUUUAAUGAGUACCAAAACAAUCAAAACUUUGGAUCUUUCAACAAACCAUAUCUCUGAAAAAGGUCUCGAAGCAUUAAAACAAUCUGUCAUUCGUAAUACUUCAAUCACUUCUUUAUACUUGGAAGAUAAUAAUGUUGAUCAAUCAAAAUUAUACUCUCUAAAUCAUAUUUUAAAGAGAAAUUCAUGUGUUCAAUUUGCUUUGGAAACUAUAUUUGAACGUAUACCUUGGAAUAGAAAGUUUAAAAACAAGAUUCAAAGUUUUAAAAAGGGUGUCAUGCAAACUAGAACCAAUAGUACUCUUAAUAUUAGUGUUGAUGAAGAAAGAACUCCUUUAUUUAGAUUGAUGAAUAAACAAAAUAGUAGUGCAUCAAUACAAGAAAAAAUUCCACCACCACCAGAAUUGGAAAGUAGUAGAUAUGUAGUUGGAAAGAGUGAAACAAUUGGAAAGAGACCAACGAUGGAGGAUAGAAUGGUUGCCUAUGGAUGCUACCAAGACAAUAGCAAGAGUGAAUUAUAUUGCGUAUUUGAUGGACACGGUGGAAGAGCAGCAUCAGACUUUGCCGCCGAAAAUAUUUAUCGAAUCUUUGGAGAAUACUUGGAUUCGAAAAAGAUUCCAGAAGAGGCUUUUAAAUGUGCUUUCCAAAAUAUUCAUGUACAGAUUGCUCCGUGGCCAUUUAUUGGUACUACAGCUGCCUGUGCCUACAUCAAAGAGGAUCAAAUGUGCGUAGCAAAUGUAGGUGACAGUCGUGUAGUUUUGGGAUAUUGGUCAAACGAAUCCUCAUCGUUUCAAGCUUCACGUCUUUCCUUUGAUCAUAGACCAGUUGAAGAUUCUGAAAGAAAUAGAAUUACUCAAGCUGGUGGUACAGUUUUAAAUGGUAGAGUGAAUGGAAUGUUGGCAGUUAGUCGUGCACUUGGGGAUUCAUUUUUGACUCCAUAUGUUACAGCCAAUCCACAUAUCCACAAUAUGACUAUUGCACCUGAACACAAGUUUUUAAUCAUUGCCUGCGAUGGUGUUUGGGAUAUUGUCUCUGAUGAAGACGCAGUCGAUCUCGUAUCAGCGAUUUCCGAUCCAAACAGAGCAAGUGAGACUCUAAGAGAUUUUGCAUACCAACUUGGAAGUACAGAUAAUAUUUCAGUAAUGGUUGUCAAACUUUGCGAUUAUUAA